GAUUUUUGGGAGAAUUUAUUAAUGAAGACAUCCAUACCUCAAAUUCUUUAUGUUGUCAGUGAAUCAAACAGAAAAUUAUGGAAUCAAGAUUACUUUACUUUGACAUUUCCCAAACCACUCCAGCCAGGUAGAGAAAAGAGAUCAAGAUCUUCAGAAUUACAAAUCUCAGUUCUUAGACAUGACAAAAGAAAAUUAAAGGAAGUUGAGAAGCCAGAUCAUAUAAGGAUAAGGCAUUCUUUUUAAAAAAAUUCCCAAAGGCCAUCUGUUUACUUAACUGUCAGGAGACAGGCUCUAUUCAGAAAUCCUUAUACUCCUAAAACCCAUCCUGAAAAUGGAGAAUCUGAAAAGUCCAAAUAUGACAAAAAAGGAAGAACUUUACAAAGAAAUCCCCCAAAAAACAAAGGCCAACAUGAAACAACUCCAGAAUCCAAAACAGUAAAUGAUGAGGAACCUGAAGGAGGAAAGAAAUCAGAUAAAACUCAAUCAAAAUUAUCACAUAAAAGUGAACAAUUCGAGAAGCCAAAGUUUAAAUUGGAAACAAAUCCAGAAUCCAGAGAUUUUAAGACAGUCUCAAUGGAUGCAAAAAAAGAUAAGAGAGAUUCAAAGAAGUCCAAGGACGCAGAUAAUGAGUUCCUAUGUUCUGAACUGGAGGCAAAAAAUUGGAAGAAAGGUGAAAAGCAGAUCAAGAAAGACUCAAAAAAAGAUGACAAGAAAAAGUCCGCCAAGAAGGAUGCAGUGUCUACUGAUGCUGAUUCUGAAUCUGAAUGGGAUUCAAAAAAGGGUAAAAAAGAUGAAAAAAAUUAUAAGAGAAAUUCAAAGAAAGAUGACAGAAGUAAGUCUGUAAUGAAGUCUGAAGAGUCUACUGAAACUGAAUCUGAUUGGGAGUCAAAGAAGGAUAAGUAUGAUUCAAAGAAGGCUAACAAAGAGUCAAAAAAAGAUGCCAAGAAACAGGAUGCAAGGAAGAGUACAGAGUCUACUGAUGCUGAAUCUGAUGAAUCUUCCAAGAAAGACUCAAAGAAGACUAAGACAGUCAAAAUUUCAGAUGCUGAAUCUGAAGACUCCUUAUAUAAACUGGAGGCUAAAAAGAAAGGAGUUGACGAAUCAGAUGCCACAUCUACAGCUUCAAAGAAGGAAGCACUGGAACUGAAGAAAGAAUUCAAAAUUUCAUCCAAAAAGACUACAUUCAAAGAAAAAGGGGAAAAAAUAUGUACAGGCAGAGUCCCCCCAUCAAGAGAAAGACCACCACUACCUCCUUGUGAGCCUAUACUACCAUUACCCAAGGUCAAACGUCUCUGUCAGUGCAAGAUGCCUCCUCCAACUCUAAAGCCAAGAUAUGCGCCUUUGCCUGAAGCAAAGUGGAUUCAUAAGCUGCUUUAAAGAAAAAGAAAAAGAAAAAAAAAAAAGAACAACUGAGCACUUGGUUUCACAGAAUGGCCUUACCACAGUAAACACUGGCUACUCCCAAAUGAUCAUUUCUACUUGUGUGGAACUGUAAUAAAUAAAAACAAGUCUUCCAUGAA